CGAAAACAUAACAUUGAUGCAAUUUACUAAUUUGGACGAUGUUUAUUCUUUGCCCCUCGCAACCAUACACGUGAUUCUCUCCGCUCUACUGUUGCGUGUGUGUGUGUGUGUGUUGUAUAAACCCCCUCCCCCUUGCUUGCUCAUUAAACCCAAAUAUGGCACCCGUCAUUCUUCAUGCCAUAAUCCUGCAAGCGACAUCGCGUUCAAUGAUAUUUCGGAAGUGCGCCACUUGCAAAAGCAGGAUUGUUGGCAUCGCCCAUAAUCAUGAAUUACGAUCGGCUGGCGUUCUAUAUUACUGCGUGGAAUGCAACAAGGAGGUAGACGAGUAUCAGUCCAACUACGAGCUCCCCAUGACUGUCAGUGUUUUGAAUGGCGAAAAAGUACAAAACAUUGUAGCAUACGAUCGAGCUGUCGAGUUGCUCUUGGGUUGCAAUGCUAAUAGACUGGGCGAGCUUAUGUUGAAGGAUACCGCCAUACUCGAUGAACUUGAAGAACAAUUGAUAGGAACGAGGUGUCAUCUGGUCAUACGCCAAGAAAAGAAGAAAAACAAGGGCAAGAAGAAUGACAGGACAAUCGUGGAAGCAAUUAUACCAGCAAAUCCGCUUUUCAUGCCCCUGUUUGCGAACAAUGAAGUUGAGAGUUGGGAACCGUGAUACGGAUUGUAUACCUCCACUUACCGCAUGGCGACCUCUUUUACUUGACGUUCACAAUGCAAUUGAAGGGCUUUUACCUCAACGAUUGACAAUCCGGGACGUUUUCUGAGAAGUAUAUUGUAACGACAUUGAUUUUGUAUACGACAAUCAUAAAACCCUAGUAUGCAUGUACACAAGUAUAAUCUGUGUAUCUGUUCCAGAUUAUCAUAUACGUUACUGCUUUAAUAAAUUUCCUGAGUCACAGCGUUGGAGUGUGGCUAAAACCCAAAGAAAGCAAGUCCUAUCUAUUCUCUGUCUCAGGCUUUUUUCCCUCUGAUGAAGUGUUUUAUUCAACAGUUUGUGAUGCAAUAAAGACCAG